AUGCGUUCUUCCUUCCUCCUCGGGGCCAUUGAAUACGAGGAUCGUGGUGACAACUGGGGCCCCAGUAUCAGGAGAUACAGCAAAGACACAUUGCGCUGCCGCAUUCCCCUGUGGAUGAAUGAGAGCACCGUUGAGUGCGUGGACAACCUCGGGCAGUUUGUCACGCGUGAACAUCAUGGUGCCGCACCAGACCUCGUUGGCUUGCGUGUGUGCCUGGAAUCUCAAUUCCGCUGCGACCCCGACAUUCGCUCCAGCACCCCGAAUCGCCCAGAAUAG